AUGGCCUCAUCUUCGAUUUCUCCCCCCUCGUUUAUUAUUCUCCUUUUAUACACUCUGUUAUUUGCAUUGCCAAGCACAAGCUACCCUUUACAAAACAUUUGCAGACAGACCAAGAAUCGAAUUUUCUGCUUCAAACUCUUACGGCCUCAUCCUAAUGCAAGUUUACAAGAACUUAACCAAAUAGUGAUCGAUACAGCGAUUUUAAGCGUCACAAAAACGGCCUCCAAGAUUCAAUCCCUUUUGUCCAAAACCGAAGAUCCGAAUCUAAAGAUAGUUUAUAUGCUUUGUUCGAAUUAUUACAGUGCUGCAUUGAGCGCCCUCAAUGCAGGAAAAGAUAAGCUAAAAUCGGGCGAGUAUGAUGACUUGAAUGGUGCAGCGAGUACUGUUUCGAGAGAUGCUUCUUCAUGCCAGCAGAUAUUUACUAUUGUACCCUCUCAGCCUAUUCCUAUUGCAAGUGAUAAUAAUGAUCUUGAUCUUCUUAGUAAUGUCUUUGCUGUUGUUUCGAGGCUUCUUUCGGGUUCUAUUUAA